AUGACUUCCACGACCAGUUGUGAGGGAUGCGAAGUCUGCAAGACGGGGGAGCCGAAAUACCGCUGUCCGCGGUGCUCGCGGAGAACGUGCUCGCUAGCGUGCUCUCGACAGCAUAAGGAGCAGGAGAACUGCUCCGGCACCAGCGGCCAGACGACGGAAUAUAUCCCGCGGGGGGUGCUGAAGGGCGCGGACACGAAGGAUGAAACAAACCCGCUGGUGCAGCGGGACUACAACUUCCUCAUAGGCCUGAACCGGAAGGUGCAGCUGCUGAAGGAGGGCAGCUCGCAGAAGAAUAAGAACAUAGUUCACGCGGGCAGAGGGGAUGGCGGGCACGGACGGGUGGGGAAGCCCGGUAGCGUGGUGCGGCGCGGAGUGCGGUGCAUGCUACUGCCGAAGGGCAUGCAGAGGUCGCUGUGGAACAAGAGCAAGUGGGACAAGUCGCUGGACACGUUUGUGUGGACCAUAGAAUGGGCAGUGGCCCGACCCGGCGGUGAGCAGUGGACGCACUGCUCGCAUCGGAACCAGGAGCAAAGCAGGCUGUUGGACUGUAUUGGCAAAGCGGUGUUCGACAAGUGCGCGGAGUGGCUGCCGCUGGCUGCCGCUGGGGACGAUGGGGAGCCGCUGACCAAGGCUAGCCGGCUACAGGCGCUUGUGGGGAGCGGGUUACGAUACUAUACGAAGCAGUUUCCAGCCGAGACUGAGGGUGUGAUAGAUACAAAGAGGGUUGUCGAGCUGGACCCGCAGAAGGCUGUUGGGGAACUGUUCCGGAACAAGACUGUUAUCGAAUUUCCCACCGUAUAUAUCGCGGCUAGUGCGGAGGACAUGGAGCGGCUGGGCUUCAGGGUUGCGUCGGAUGGUACUACGACCUCGUCCAGCGAUAGCAGCGACACCUCGAGCAGCGAUAGCAGCGAUAGCUCGAGCGGCGAUAGCUCGAGCGACAGCGAUUCAUCCUCCGAUGGUGAGCCCGAAGAGAAUCCCGCGAGGUUGGAGCCUGCGCCGCCGCCUGCAUCCCCGUCACACGGGGGAGAAACAGACAGCGACGAUGGCUAUACGCCUGGCAUUUCGCUCGAUUUCUUGGCGGAUUAG